CUCCGGUAGAGGGCGGAGUGAGAGAUGGAUCGUGGCAGCGGUGCUGGGCAGCACUGGAAGGGGUCCGACAGCCGGGUCAGCUCAGCUGGGACAUGGGCAGGCGCUGCCCAUGUUCUAGUUAGGAAAGCCAUGGGAGAGUAGACGAGUGACGGAGACGGAGAAACCAGAAAGCGCGCGCGCCCAUUCAUGCUCAGGCGUAUUUACUAUUAUGACUUUUUUAUAUUAAAACAAUUGCGUUGCAUGACGUCAUAGGCUUCUAUCGCCCAACAUGACCAGAUGAUGCAGCGCUCGUGGACAAGGUCUCCGGUUCUAGUGACGGGGUCUUCAAUGGACCGGGUGAGAGAACUCUGAUGGCUCUCCUUGCCCGGGGCCGGAAGGAGACACCGAGGGAAGCGUACAGCAGCAGGUUUCAGGAAAGCGUCGCGGUGUCCGCACCCCGCGACGAAAAAGAAGCACCACGGUGCGGUUGUCGUGCUUUUCACCGGAGGGGACGAGCGGCAAGGGGAACAUGGCCGCGCAGUCGGACGGUAAAGCCGGGGUGGGUUUCGCCCAGCUUUACGACGUCGAUGCCGACGAGCAGCUGGACUCGGCCGCGAUCCACAUCUGCCAGUGCUGCCGCUCUUCGGCGUGCUACUGGGGCUGCCGCUCCGCCUGCCUCGGCUCGUUGCUCGGCGGGAGCCAACCCGCUGCCGUCGCGGGAGUCGGCGUCCGGGAGACUCACUGCCCACCCCGGGAACAGCUGUGGCUGGACUGCCUCUGGAUCAUACUGGCCCUCCUCGUCUUCUUCUGGGACGUUGGCACAGACCUGUGCCUCGCAGUCGACUACUACCAGAGGCGGGACUACUUGUGGUUCGGCCUCACGCUCUUCUUCGUGCUGGUACCUUCGGUGCUGGUCCAGAUUUUGAGUUUCCGCUGGUUUGUGCAGGACUACACUGGUGGGGGGCUCGGGGAGGUGGAGGGUUUAACGAAGCGGGGUGCAGUGGCUCUGGGGUGCCACUAUCCCGGCAAGGACCGCUUGCAGCUGGCCACCGUUUGGCUGUGGCAGGCCACCAUACACAUCCUCCAGCUGGGGCAAGUGUGGAGGUACAUCAGGACACUCUACCUUGGCCUGAUGUCGCGGCGGCAGAAGGAGCACCAGCGCCGCUGGUACUGGGCCAUGAUGUUCGAGUAUGCAGACGUCAACAUGCUUCGGCUGCUGGAGACUUUCCUGGAGUCGGCGCCUCAGCUGGUCCUGCAACUGUGCAUCAUGAUCCAGGAGAACCGCGCCGAGACACUGCAGUGCAUCUCCUCCCUCGCCUCGCUCCUGUCUCUCGCCUGGGUCUUGGCCUCCUACCAUAAGCUGUUGCGGGACUCGCGUGAUGACCAGCGCAGCAUGAGCUACCGCGGGGCCCUGCUGCACCUCUUCUGGCGCCUCUUUACCAUCUCGUCCCGCGUCCUCUCACUCGCCCUCUUUGCGUCGCUCUUUCACAUCUACUUUGGCAUCUUUGUGGUGGUCCACUGGUCCGCCAUGGCCUUCUGGGUGGUGCACGGGGGCACCGAUUUCUGCAUGUCCAAGUGGGAGGAGGUGCUUUUCAACAUGGUGGUGGGCAUUGUCUACAUCUUCUGCUGGUUUAACGUGAAGGAGGGCCAGACGCGACACAGAAUGAUUACGUACUACACGGUGGUGUUGGCUGAGAACACCAUUCUCACUGGCCUGUGGUACACCUACAGGGACCCCGUGCUGACCGACUCAUACGCCGUCCCGGCGUUAUGCGGCGUCUACCUGACGUUUGCUGGCGGCGUUCUGGUCAUGCUGUUGUACUACGGCUUCCUGCACCCUGCCACUGCCCACCUCCACCCGAGCCCCGCCUCCUCCUGCUGCGCCCAGCUGCUUUGGGGUCUUCCCCUUCCCCCCUCUGCACCUCCAACCGCCCCACCUACACCUGCACAUAUGACCAAGUCCCAGACAGAAGAGGAUGUGGCUGAGACGUGUCUUCCCGUCUUCCAGGUGAGGUCGGUGCCCCCCACUUCCAAGCCCGAGGGCCCACUUAUAAAGAUCGACAUGCCCAGGAAACGUUACCCGGCGUGGGAUGCCCACUACGUAGACAGGCGCCUGCGAAGAACUAUAAACAUCCUGCAGUACAUCACGCCGGCCGCAGUGGGCAUCCGCUACCGCGAUGGACCGCUGCUGUACGAACUUCUACAGUACGAGUCUUCGCUUUGACACGCACACAGCAAAUGAGUGCGCACGCAACACACACUGUGAAGAGACAUGUUGGUGUUCAUGGAUGGUCACAUUCAGAGAGGAAUAAGAAACGCACACGUCACACUUGGUAUAAGCACAGAGACACUCAAGCAAUCUGUCAUGUUUCAAUGCACACACCCUCAUAAAAACACACACAUUCCUUGCAAGCACUUCCAACCUGCAAGUCCCCUCGCCAUGACUUAACAAGCUGCCUCAGUGGGAGUCCAUUGAGAAACCCUCCCCUCUUUUUUCCACGUGUCAGUUUCAGAAACAUGAACAUAUUCACGCCAGAUUGAUUUGUUCCCCACUGUUAUACUAUUGUAUCACACACAAAUUCACAAGUACCUCUACAAAGAUGAGACAGUGAAAAAAAAGCAAUGUAAAUUAAUGUCAACCUGGGUUGUUGCAGGGAUUAACGCCCUUUCUGUCCAAGCAACCAAAACCUAGCUACUGUCAUUCAAAAAAGGAUGUGUAAAAAAAUAAUCAUAUGGCUUUCAAAAAAUCAGAGUUCCAUAGACUAGACUGUAAUUUGAGCCAAAGCUCAAAUUUCCUGCCAAUGAAUGUGUAUGAUGGGCAAUCACAAACUGGAUAGGAAGAGAGAAAAUUUGAUGUUUAUCCUCCCUGUUAUCCUUAGAGGAGGCAUCUUAAGACAACAGGGGCCCUCUUUUCGUCCCCAGGGUCAAGUCUAGCGCAAAGCGGAAUUUAACUGUUUGCAUGGUUAGAGUUUUCUUUCUUUUGGAAGGGUGCAUUCGCGCCGUUGUGGGAGGCAACAAAGCCGACUUGAUUGCCAUCCAAAGGAAGCCUCAUUCCUUUUAAAUUCAGAGCACAAGAAGCGCAUGGUCUACAUGAUGGAAGGACUCGCUGGAGCCCAACCAUGAGAGCGACGCGUGCAAAGUACAUUAAAAAUGUCCGCAAGAUCUCUACUUGCGGAUUAUAUAAAGUUUAGGUGUCAAAGUCAAAAUUUCAAAUUGUCAUGUAUAUCACAAUGCCAGUCAUUAUUCUUGACUUCUGAUUUUAAAACUAGAUCAUCUCAGAUCAAUUUGUUGUGCGCUGUGUAUGUCAUAUUUGGAAGGGAUUAAACAUUUAUACGGUUUCCCAAAAUUUAUAACGGCCCUCCAAUGGAAACGGUAACUACAAUGUGGCCCGUGACAAAAAUGAGUUUGACACCCCUGAUAUAAAGUGUGUCGCUAUUGGAGACCGCCUUCUACCCCGAUCGUGUAUCCAUAUUUGACAAAACCAUAGUUGUGUCCCGGUCAGGAAUGUGCUUUUAUGAAAUAUAUUUAAGAUAAUAAUCAUUUGUUCAAUUAAUUUCUACAAUGAUUCAGAGGGAUUGACACACACAAUGUUCUUUGCUUUUAUCUGGUCUAAAUUGUUGUCUGCUUUCUUCUCCCUCCAAAUUGUCAAGCGCGUGUGGAAGAAAAUGCCUUCAACCAACUGGGCCCCCCAAGCAAGGCACAAAACGGCUUUCCAAAUUCUCAAAGAUGCUAAGCUAGACUUACCCUAUCACAAAAAUGUAGACAGGCCAAUUUGUACGGCAAGUGCAUGUGCACCUGUCUACGAAAACAGGGCCCGAUGUCUGAAAUAAGGUGAAACACAUAAUAUGGAGUUCAAGCAAAUAUAUUCAACAAAUGCCAGAUCAUGACCAAAAGGAAAUUUCAACAAGAGCAAAUGUAAGCCUAUUUAUGUAAUUGUUCUUCUCUUGACGCAUGAGAGUACCCACUCAUCGAAAGCCACCUACAGAUAAGCUGUGCUUUUUUAAUUCCAAGCUGUUACAUUGGCAGGAGAAAACAUGUGUACAGAGCCUUAGUCAUCUCUUGAGCACACGUGGUCAGUGCGCAAAGCCGCAUGAGCACGUCAUGAUGACCGCAAACAGGGAGUCUUUGAAUUAAGGGGUGGUACUGGUUAGGGAGUGUUUUUGGAAUCAAAACUUUUUUUUUUUUUUUAACGUGAUGCAACGUGAAGAAUACAUACUGACUGACAUUAUUAUUUUUGCUGUCACGGGAACAGGCACACAAAAGAGCUCAAAUGAGAGUCAAAAAUGAAAAUACAAUGUUGACGUUAAACCUGAAGCUACUUUUUGUUUACAUUGACUAAAACUGACCAAAUGUACUGCAUACUGGUGGUCUUAGAACCAAAAACUAAGAUUUAAAUAACGUUGCUACUGAACAACUAUUUGGGGUUCAGAACUCAAUGUUUUAAAUCUUUGGGAAAAUUCAAAUUCCCUCCAAUACAAAUUACUGUCGUAUUGUAUUUUGGCCAAAGUUUUUGUUAUUGUUUUCAAUGACUCAUGAGAGUGAUGUUAUACAGUACAUGUUAUGCACUUUUCUUUCAUUCUUAGUUACGUUUGCACUGGGCUUCACCUGCCUUAUUAAUUUAUGUUGCCAAAUAUGGUCAUGUGCUCUAUCGGGGCGACGCCAUAGAAAAGGUACAGUUGAGAUUGCAACUCAUUUUAAGUAUACACACUACCAAUGAAUUAUUUCAUACCACUUUCUGUGGUGCUACAGUUCAUUUGCUGCCAACAGACGAGUAGAUUAGUCAGUGUGAAGAUGCAAUCGAGGCAUACAGUAUGUUCGCAUGCAGAUAUGUGAGAAAAACACACACACACAUACAAGCGUCAUCAAGGUGCAAAAGGGCAGAUUGUCACUUUGGAUUUUAUGGUGCAACUCGAGUACUGCCUUCAGUUAGUGGCCAUUAGGCUGCAGCCACACACACCAUUGCUAUGCAACUCUCUCCUUGAAGGGAGAUGUGCUUAGUUAACGCGCUCACAACAGUUUUGUCCUGUAGAGCAGGGUGCUAAUUUGUUUGUGCAUGCGGUGAAAAGUAGUGUAAGAACAACAUGGGACGUAUCCCAUCCUCACUACUUGAACACACAAACGCAUACAGUGACCCCUUGACUCCUUUACAGUUUGGGAAAAGAUUCUAUUGGUGCUAUCAAGUAAAGAUUGCUAGGUUAUAUCGUCAUGGUUACAGUCACACGGCGAAUUCAGCAAAAUACUGUCUGUGCUCUGAGCUCCACAUUUAAGUAGCAACACUCUCUGAAGUGGAUGUGGACAUUUUUCGAAGGGAAACUCCAGGGGGCGCUGUCUCAAUCGGGAUUUGUUUGUGUGCUAACCCAACAUAGUGUGCCAUAAAAAAAAAAAACUGCCCCGAAUUCAUGUGUCCGAGUGAGUAUGGAUUAACUGUAGUGUUUUGUUGGUGCUAUAUUCACAUACUAAGCAACCGCCCGAACAACCACUCUGCCACAUCAAGAUAGCUCCAGCUAAUCAGGUGUUUCAUAGCCAAAUCAGGUCAAACACAACCAAAACGUACUGUUAGUUUUCCGCUUUAAUUUAAGAGGUUUCUUUACCGUUCAUGAAGGGCAGCCUUUUUGUGCAGAGAAUAUCACAUUUACAAGUGUUUGCAAAACUGACAAAGACACUUGACACAGUCUCGGCUUGAGAACCUGACUGUUGAAGAUCAUUCUGUUUGUCCUCCAAAAAUACGUUUCGACUCACUAUUCAUCCACACUGUGAAGCGCCACAUCCAUUUUGUAACUUGUGGCAAAAAGUGUGUCGCGCUUCAAGCACUCUAUACCUCACAUCAUCAGUAAACUGCGGUGACCCAGUUCCACUGGCAGCUAAACAUGUCCGUGACACAGGAUGCAGUACAAGCUGCAGGUGACGAUGGUCCGAUCCUUUCGUGCGCCACACGUUUCUAUUCGCAUCCUUCUGAUAUAAACUGACGUUACGUUCUUCUGCCCAAAGAGUCUGAUUCCAGAGGGUUUACUCCUGUAUUUUUAUUCAGGUCAGAAAAACACCAAACCGCCGCGAGGCAAUUGUAACAUUUCUGACACGGGUCGCCGAUAUUGAGGAUAAUAUGAAGUCAAGCUCUUGAUUGUAGAUUUUAACAAUGAUCUACAACUUUUCUCUAGCAUAAUUCAUUCCGGUUGUCUUUUGGUCCUCCGGAUAUUAAAGUAAAAGUAAAAAUAAAUAAAUAAAUCAAAUGUUUGUAAUUCUUAAAUGGGUAAAAGGCCAUCAUUUAGGGCAAGCGCUGAAAUACAAGCGCCGCCAUCGUGGUGGCUUUUUAAAGUCAAAAACUGUCAAUGUCUUAAUACUUCUGAUCGACGGUAAGCGUCCUGCUUUGCAUGUGUGGUGCUCAGACUUGAUUGUAGCCUCAGGUAUCUCCUCAUCGCUUCUGUUUAGCUACAGGCGACUCUGCAUCACUGUACGUGUAAAAGGUCCCUCCGUUUCAGUGCGGUGUUUCUUCCCUGUUGUAUGGCUUCGCAUUCGCAGCUAUGCAAGAUCACGCCUGCACAGCUUCUGGGCACCCUUGCUUUUCAUAUCAGUUGUUUGCCUUUUUUUUUAAUCAUGCGGUGCAAAGGAGGGUACAUUUGUGUUACUUGUUUGCAUUUGGAACCACUGACCGAUUCUUUAAAUUAGUUGGGAAGGGGUUAAAAAAAAGUGAAAGGUAACUUUGGGGGGGAAAAAAAUUGGGAUCCCCGCCUGCAGAAUGUGCAUCCCAUCAUGAAGAAACAGAACUUUUUGUGCUUUUACGUACUUAAAUGUUCCACGAUCAGGGUUUGCAAAGCAUAUGAUGCCUAUGUGAGGCUAUGUUUGCGUGUAUCGCAUUUUAUGAAGGUACAUUUCAAAAAAGAAAGAUUGUUCCAUAAUUGUGAAAGUAUCAUCGCCUACUAUAGUUGCAUCAGGUGAAAAAUGAUUUGAUUUUAGGCUGAGGGAGGGCGGGCCUAAUGCUUUUCUACCGUGGUCUUGAGCUGGAAAUUAAAUAGCUGUAGAAACUGUGCUAAAUAUGUGCUAAAGUAGCUUUUGAGUUCUUGUGCCAUUUUGAUUGUAAAUAGCUAUUUUGCGUGUACUCAUCAGUUUCCUCAAGAUUGGCCGAGUUGAUUUAUAGAUUGCUCAUUCCGAGGCUAGUAAGUGUUCUCUAUAAAUAUCCAGAAUGUACGGGGAGAAAAGAAAAAUACAAUACAGUAGAGGUGUUUUUGUAGGAGUCUGUGCCAACGUGUUGUCCUAAAUAGAAGCACAAUGAUUGAUGAGACGAGUCUCAGAACACACACGCUUACGUUUUGGGAAGGCUUCUGCCAAGGUGGCGAUCGGAUUACUCAUUCACAUGCAAUGAAAUAAAAGCAUUUGAAUCGAUUGUACCCCCAGUUGGAGCACGCAAAGAAGCUGGAUGUUGAUUCAAUUACCGGCAACGCGGCUACAGCGUCAGAGCUUGCUUUGCAUGAAACAUAAAAAUUGCUUGUUUGAGGUUUGUCCCAACUUUGAAGCAAAUCAAUUUUCAUGGAAGGGUUAAAUAUGAGAUUUUAUUUAUCACAUUAUGCGUGGAGAAGGAAGUUGAGUGAGGGGUACAGUCAUCAGCCAUGUUAAAUGUCGGUGCACCUCACAAUUAUCCAGGAACCAACCUGUCUUCGGGGAGAAAAAAAAUAUCCAAACUCACACCAAAUGUCUCAGUGGAAACACAAGCACGCAUUGUGUAUGGCUGGUUUCUUUCUAUACUGUGUCUACAAUAUUAUCAAAUCAUUCUGGGAAAGAGUUGAAUAUUUUUCACAGCUCAGCUGUGGCCAGUAUUGCAAAUUAUUUUUUUUACAAUACCUCCUGAAAAUAAAAGUCUAUUUAUCUGCAAAGAUUUACAGUGACGUACAGAACCACGUGAUGACACGUCGAAUAAUGUAAAAGACAGAAACUAUUUGUUUGGAUUUUAAAACAAAAGUAUGUAUGUCAGUCUUGUUUGAUAUACAGUACUUCCCUUUUGUUACACUGUAUUGUUUGUUGUGUCUGCAAUGGAGAAAAAAUAUAUAUAUCUGAAAUAAAGAAUUAUGAAUUAAUUUUCCAAAUGUUUGCCAUAUUUUCCUUUCCUUUGAAGUAAUCUUAAACAUAAACCUUUCAGGAAUUGUAUUCACACAUACACACACAAAAUCUUAUCAUUACGAGAAUCUCUUUUAGGCCUGAAAUCGCCUUCCAACCCACCAAGAAAAAAAAUAAAAUAAAAAUAUUUAAAACAUGUAUGGUAGCAUAAGACAAAAAUCUGACAUCACGGAAGAGAAUUGAAAAUGAAAGGCCAGAGACAGGUUCAAAGCUGCCACACCUGACCCAUGACGCAAUCCCAUUUUACCAAACCAGCACCAUGUUCAGUCCCCAACUACCGUU